CUUCGGUGGCUGUGCCAUAGACGAGGCGGUGCACCUGGCUAGUGGCUGUGCGGGGUCAUAAUAGCCAAUCAGAUGUCCUCAAUUGGAAUACCCAGGGUUCCAUUUCUGUCUUGAGCCGAGCAGAGUUGAUGAUGACGAAAGUUUUCUUGAGACGUGUUCCAUAAAUGUUUCUAUGUGCCGAUGCUGCCGAGUAACGGCUAGGUCGGAAGCCACCAUCUACGCUGCCGGUGUGUACCUCGGUGUGGCUCGGCCAGUGGAUGAGUUUAACGGAGAAGACCUGAGACGGGAUUGACGGUUGAAGGAACUUCCUGGCCUUCUUGUGUUUCACCGGUCUCCAGGGUUGUUACUAUUGAGUUGCAGAUGGCAAAUCAGGAGCCGGAGUUGCAAGGGUCGCGAACAAACAGGGGCCUUUCUCAUCAUCCCUCACUUGGACCUCGACCGUGGAACGGCCGUCAUACUCUGCAGGGGUAUGCAAGCACGAAUACGACGAAGCGCCUAGCUCUCUAGCAACGAAGAGGACUCUGUUUGCCUGUCGGAGAAUCAUAUCGGAACAAUGUAAAGAAAGGCAGUGAUUGACUGGACAAUUUAGUGCCGUAGGGCCAAUCUACUACAUAUGGAGAUCUGUGAAAAGGCCAAUAAGAUAUGAGCCUGCUGUCGUUCCCCUGCGUGUGAAGCGUGAGUAACCAUCGAAUCGGACGGUCCCGUGGACCUGAUGUAGGUACCAAAAGAAGCCCAGGCUGCCAGCAUCGGCACCACGUUUUCUGCCCUUAUUGUCCCAAGUUUCGGUGGAGGAAUGGCCCAUGUCAGCGGCGAAGUGGGACGUCAUGAGUCGCAUGUCCCUGGGCUUGCCGUACGGAAUAGAUAUGGGACUGUGGACUCCUGUAUGGGGCUGGUUUCGGGGAAGAAACUCUGAGCGGGAAGAGAGCCAUGAGAGGAUCCUAAUUUAGACCCGCCGAGAAACGCUGUUCCGGCUUGGGCUGACAGGAUGCAUCAAUGAAUAUCGCGUGUUGUUUCGACACGGAGCUCGACCUGAGGAGUUUCAAAAGUGGCUUCGAGUUGUCGAGCAAUGGUCUCAGCAAUGCAACAAGUGUUUGCAUCCAGCCACGAUAGGCUGAAGCAUUGACUGGAUAAUGAAUAUUGAACAAUAUGAUGAAAGGAUGGAUCGCGUGGGUCAGGGACAAUAGGAUGAAAAGGUCGAACCGUUGAACAGAAAAAGUGGGGUGAAAAGAAGGAGAAAAGAAGAAUGAAUGAAUUUGUAAGGCUCAUCGUGAGCAUCGUUCUACAGAGAGUAGAGAGACUUGGGUAUAUUAAAUUGUCCCGGGCCAAGUCAAAUUAAUUCCAGUCAUUCAUACCCAAUCUGUCACGACUGUGCGCGCCUCCAGCUGUGACUGCAGAACAAUCUCCUCACCUGCAGCAGAAAACUCCUCUUCUCUCAGUCUCAAUUUCUCACUCACGCUCCUUACUCUUCUGCUCCCGGGGGGAUUCUCUUCCAUCCUGUCGCUAUCAGCGCUCUUUUCCCCGUCGCUUACUCUUUGUCUCUCCUUCAUUCUCCCACCCAACAUUCUCCCCCUCGUGGCAUUCUCCGGGUCACUGGGCUUGGCUCCUGUCGGUUCGAGCGCAUCUCGGCUUCUGCAGUGCUUAAUCCGGCCACCAAGCCUGUCCGCUGACCUUGUCCUUCGUUCUCUUGAUUCACGAGGCCUGCCGCCGUCGCCUGCUGGUCCUUGAAUUGAAAGGCGGGUCUACCGAUCCUGCUAUUCGAGUCCCUACCGCCGACCUUCAUUUAGCCGGGCGACGUGUUCCUAUCCUUGCUGUCCAGCGACAGCCGCUAUCCUCGUUAAUUUAACCUUUUCCCCGCGAUCACACCAACCAUGGCCUACCCACAACAGAGAGCCCCUCCCGUGAGGAACUACGGCGGUCCUCCUCGGGGUGUUGCGCCGAAGGAUCCUUCCUACGAUCAGGGAUAUAAUGAUUAUGGCUACGACAACCAAUAUGCAGGCGCGGGAUAUGGUGACGCUGGAUACGGUUAUCCUGCUGAGGCUACUCCAAGGUCACAAGGCCCUCCGCAAGGCCCUCCACGAGGUGCACCGCGACCUCCGCGCGGAGGACCUCGCCCGCCGGGUGAUCGAGGAUAUGCGCCGAACGGACGUCCCCCCCCCAGAGGCUAUGAUAGUCGGUCGGACAGGCGCGGGCCUCCUCCGCAAGAUCGAGGGAGAGGACCUUCGCGCAACGGCCCGAUGUCGCCCGACAAAAUGGCUUUCGAUAACCCUUUCCCUUCAUUCCCCCCGAGAGACCAACGGGGGUCUAGAGGGAUCGAAGGAGGAAUGGCCGCAAUGAGCCUGAAUGGCCCGGUGCCGCCUCGUCCGCACACAUCUAAUGGCAGUCGGCGACCCCCUCCGGAAAUGUCACGGACGCCUCGACCCGGGCCUCCUGGAAGAGGAGUGAGCGCAGGACGCUCUGGACCGCCUGAUCGAUACGAUGGAGCAUACAACGACCCCCGAGGCCCACCACAAAUGCCUCAAGUCAGCAGAAGCGCGACCAUGCCUGUCUCAGGAGGCUUACAACCUCCGCAAGCGAGUGCUCGGGACCCGCGAGAGAGUACAUACGGAGGGUUGCUGGAUAGCUACUAUAGUACUAUUCCCGAUGAUCCGGAUAUGCCAAACUUUGACGCCAUGCCCGACUUCAGCAAAGGGCCGAUUAACGAAGAUUUACCAGGGCUCGAGCAGCCUAAGCCCAAACCCCAAUCGCCUGCCGAGUCUGGGCCUCCACAAGGACAAUACAAAGCGUUCAACCCCGCCGCGGCAGAGCUUCAUCUCCACACUCUUCCAGACAGUGGAACGCCAACAAGUGCGAACCAGUUUGCCAAUGCCGGAUUCCAGUUUGACCUGCCCGGCGAACGACAGUCGGCUGGGUCUGCUCCGAACGGCCUGGGUCAUGGAUACGAAGCAUAUGAGGAUCCAUACCAACCACCGCAAUUCAGUCGCAGCCAGACGAUGCCGGGCUAUAGCGAGACUAAUGGCGGUUACAUGCCUCACCCCGGUGAUGGCGCCAACCGUGGCAGCGGCGGCCCUCCGCAGCCGUACCGGGUGAACCAGUCUCCACCGACAAAUGGCCAGAUGGUGGAACAGGAAGCGACGGAUAACCCCGACGCCCUUCCACAACACCCCGCUCCUUUCCGCCCAGGUCAUGAUUCUGGAAGUAAACCAGCGCCUGUGCGCCAAUAUACUAGCUCAACCAGCUCACAACAAGCACCUCCACCGCCCCAAGGCACUCCGGACGCGCCAGCCGCGCCGGCACCGGUCACACACGCCGAACUCGAACGGCUCCAGCUGCACGCCAGGGGAAAUCCUUCUGACCAAAAGACGCAACUCUUACUCGCGCAGAAAUACGUCGAGGCCUCAAUAGUGCUCGUCGACAGCAGCAGACUCGACCCGAAAUCCAAGAGCAAAGCGCGCGAGAAGUACAACAUGGACGCAUACAAGAUUAUCAAAAAACUCGUUUCAAGCGGCUACCCAGAAGCCCAGUUCUACCUCGCAGACUGCUACGGCUCAGGACUGCUCGGCCUCCAAGCCGACCCCAAAGAAGCCUUCUCCCUCUACCAGUCUGCCGCCAAGCAAGGCCACGCACAAGCCGCCUACCGCGUCGCCGUCUGCUGUGAAAUCGGACAGGAAGACGGCGGCGGCACAAAGCGCGAUCCCUUUAAAGCAGUUCAGUGGUACAAGCGCGCCGCAUCCCUGGGCGAUCCGCCCGCCAUGUACAAAAUGGGCAUGAUUCUCCUCAAGGGUCUCCUCGGACAAGCCCGCAACCCGCGCGAGGGCAUCUCCUGGCUCAAACGCGCCGCCGAGCGCGCAGACGAGGACAACCCCCACGCUCUGCACGAACUCGCUCUUCUAUACGCCUCCGCCACAGACAACGACGUGAUCAUCCGCGACGAGGCCUACGCCUCGCAGCUCUUCCACCAGGCCGCCGAACUUGGCUACAAGUUCUCCCAGUUCCGCUUGGGUAUGGCCUACGAGUACGGCCUGAUGGGCUGCCCCGUAGACGCGAGGCAGAGUAUCAUGCUUUACUCCGCCGCGGCGGCGCAGGGCGAACACCAGGCCGAACUUGCUUUGAGUGGCUGGUAUCUCACCGGCGCCGAGGGCAUCCUUCAACAAAGUGAUACAGAGGCGUACCUUUGGGCCCGCAAGGCUGCAGCUUCAGGUCUCGCAAAGGCCGAGUAUGCUAUGGGGUACUUUACGGAAACCGGGAUCGGGGCUACCGCCAAUCUAGAUGAUGCAAAGAGGUGGUAUUGGCGUGCUGCUGCCCAAGGAUUCCCCAAAGCCCGCGAACGACUCGAAGAAAUCAAACAGGGAGGCGCACGGAUGCAAAAGACGCGCCUCUCGCGAUCCGCCGUGAACCAACAGAAACCUAAUGAUGGGGACUGUAUUCUAAUGUGACGUGACUGUGACUCAUUGAUGCGAUGCUGAUGUACUAGACCUAUGUCCUCCUUUUAUUUCUUUCUUGGCAGAUAGGGCUUGGUUUCUGGGACCUAUCUGUAUAUACUUUACGUGCCUUAUUCCCCCUAUUCUCCUCCUAUUUAAUAUUCGAUUCCCCUUCUUCUGCAUUGUCUCAGGCUGUUGGUCUAAGUUCUACUAGCGAUUACGGAUGGUUCAGUUCGGUACAUAUGCUUUCGCACUUUUUUUACCUUUUCUACUGUUCUAUCAAAAUACUUACUUUCUGAUGAGGCCUCGAAUGAUCUGACCCGAUAUGUGAAAUACACUAUAAAACUUACUGGUUGGCGCGGAGCUUGCUUCUGCCUAUAUUGUGCAUUAACUACCUACUACUCCUACUAGUGCUAGUGGCUGGACUUGAAUUGGAUGGAGCUAGCCCUACCGUUCAACAACAACCUUCUUGCUACAUGAUGAG